GACCGGAGGAACAUGCGCUUUCGUGUCUUCCGAUUUCAUGCUUGCUUCAUACUUCAUACUUGAUGCACUUCUCGGCAUUAUUCCUUUCAAGUUUGCGUUUUGUUGCUUUCGUGCUGCUUAUUUCUAUCAUGGUUGUGAACAACAGAACGUGGGAGGCUAAUGAAAGAGUCUCGUAAUUGAUUCUAAAAUGAUUAGUUGAUCCACUAAAAUUAAUUUGAUGAAUGGUAGUUUGAAUAAACUACCGAAAACUGAUAUCUAGAAAGAUGCUGUUAAACAAACAAGUGGACCGCGUAUACGUCGAGAUCUUUUUUAUUAUUUGUAUAUCGAGUGUGAUAAAAUGCUCUAGCGUACCAUGUACGUUCAACACCAUGUGUAUGUGUUGGAUUCAAGACGACGAAGAUUUCACGAAGAUGGACAUCAACUGCAUUGGAAUACCGUUUGCCAGAUUUCCAGAUGUCUCUGUGAGUUAUGUGGCUCAGUUGGAUGUAGUUGGAUCCGGAAUACAAACAUUGGAUAACGAUGCGCUUACGAGUAUAGUUGGUGUUGAAGCUUUAGGAUUAAUGAGCAAUCGGUUGUCUAACAUCGGCGAUAAAUCUUUUUCAGGUAUUGCGGAUAGUUUACGAUCGCUAGAUCUCAGCUACAAUGCCUUGGAAGAUGUACCGUUUAAAGUUUUUCGUGACCUGAAGAAAUUGAACUGGCUCAACAUGCAUAGUAAUCAUUUGACAUCGCUGGAUGGUGACUGGGGAUACGUGAAGGAUGAACUAACGAACGCCUUUUUCGGAGAUAAUUCAAUCAUCGAGAUACCAAAAAUAUUCAGCACGUUCGAAAACCUAGCUUGGUUGAAUCUUGACAAUAACAAUAUCGAGGAACUUUCAGAAGAUUGUCUGCCACCUAACAUACACACACUAAGCUUGAACAGCAAUCUUUUAAAAUCUUUUCCAUCCUCUCUAAAAUCUUUGAAACAUCUUACAUGGUUGUAUCUAAGAGGCAACGAUUUCAAAAGCCUCGAGUUGCCCGAUUUCCAAAGUUCGAAUUUGGAAUUGAUCGAUGUCAGUGAAAAUUGCAUCGAAUGGAUUACCACGUUAGGCUUGACCAAUCGAACUUUGAAAAUUAAAGACUUCAAUUUGGACAGCAACAAGUUGACAUCAUUGACUGCCGAAAUUUUCGGUCGUCUCGAGACUAAAAGGAUUCAUUUGUCCUCGAAUUCGAUUAAGAACGUCCACGAUAAUGCUUUCCGAGGGCUUGAGGAUAUGUUGGAGUAUCUGAAUCUGGAAAACAAUGAUCUUUCCAAUGUUCCAGCCGCUGUUAGCCGAUUGAGAAAGUUGUCGUACUUGUAUCUUGCCAACAACGAUAUAAGAAACAUAUCUGGGGAUGCAUUUAACGAAUUUGCGGAUAAUUUACGGGCGCUUUCAUUGGCUACGAACAGUUUGGAUGCGGUUCCAGUUGCGGCUUUGUCCAGGUGUCAGAGACUACUCCAUCUUAAUCUUGGCUAUAACAAAAUCUCCCAUAUUCAGCCGGGUGAUUUCGAAUGGGCAGAAGACCUUGAAAUUCUCCUGCUUAGGAACAACGUCUUGACGAAAUUGAAAGACGAAACCUUCAAAGGAGCAAGGAAGCUGAAAGAGCUCAGUUUGUCUUUCAAUCACUUGACGGAGCUCGACGACGAUUGCUUCAUCGGUAUCGAGGAGAGCCUCGACAUUCUCGAAUUGAGUUUCGCUUUUGCGACCGACGUGUUCCCUCAACGGGCACUCAGACCUCUUUCCAAUCUGCUCUGGCUCGUUUUGGACAACAAUAAUUUUCAAACAAUCGAGGCGACCGCGUUCUACUCCUUCCAACGAUUGCGCUACAUCAAUCUGGAAUCGAAUCGGCUUCACUACUUACCCGAACGAAUAUUCCUGUCUAGCGUCCACCCGGAACUUCGGGAUGUGAAACUCGGCUACAACUUUCUCGAAGCGAUUCCAGACUUCAGUUUUCACAAUUUGACUGAACUGAGAUCGUUGGACCUGACUGGCAAUAGAAUAACGUUUCUUAAUUCCGAUUCUAUCAUGGAUUGCCCGGAAUUGGUGACGCUAUCGUUGGCUUACAACCGAAUCACUAAAAUGGAGAAGAACGCAUUUUACGGUUUACCUAGUUUGCGCUUCCUGCAUCUGGAAUUUAACAAGCUAACGAUGCUGGAUUUAGACGCGAUUGCGGAGAUCGGUGGCCCGGAUUUCGCUCUCAACGUUUCGUACAACGCGAUCUCCAUUAUAAAUUCCGGAAGCUCGUCGAAUAAUUUGACUAGGCUGGAUUUGAGCUUCAACAAUAUCAGUCAUUUGCCGGCUGAUACGUUCUAUGGAACACCGGAAUUGAAGAGUUUGGAUUUGCAGAGUAAUUUCAUCACUGUUCUCGAGUCAGGCACGUUCACGCUGAGACGUUUAGAAACGCUGAAUCUGCGUAACAAUAAGAUCGAAGGUUUACGAAAACAGUCUUUCCACGGUCUAGAACUUUUGCAACAAUUAGAUCUAAGUGGAAAUCAGAUCACUCAAUUGUCUACCGAGCAAUUCCGCAACCUGAAGAAUCUGCGAAUCUUGAAUCUGUCUGGGAAUAAGAUAAGAUCCUUACCCAGAGACGUUUUCGAAGGAACGAAGUUAGAGAUUCUCGAUCUGAGCAAGAAUAAAUUCACCGUGGUACCAUCACCAUCUUUCAUCGAGGUUGGCUACACUUUGCGGGAUCUUAAUCUAGCGGACAAUUUCGUGGAUCAUCUGGACUCGACUGCUUUUCCAACUUCGCAGCUGGUCUCGUUAAAUUUGGCGCACAACAGGCUGACCAUUCUACCAGAUAACUCGUUUGUCUCACUGGGAAAGCUUUUAAGCUUGAACGUGUCUCAGAAUGUUCUUCAGGCGAAUUUCAAAGAGUUGUUUCACUAUUUGCCUGGACUGAGACAGUUGUUUUUAGCCAGCUGCGGUCUCAGAGAUAUACCUCUCCUUCCUCUGACCAAUUUAAACGUUCUAGAUCUGUCUUUCAAUCAUAUUGACUCGACGUCUGAUAAGCAAUUCCAGUAUUUGAAAGGUCUGAAGAUCCUGUGGUUGAUGAACGACUCGUUGACGUCUAUGCCUAAUAUGAAAUUAAAUCUACUGAGGGAACUUGACGUGUCUGGUAAUCCAAUUGUGGAGCUGACGAAGGAGAGUUUCCUUGGCUACCCAAGGCUAGAGGAAUUAAACCUAAGAAACCUAAACAAGACCAGAUCUGUGGACAAAGAUUCUCUUCGCGUUUUGAAAUACCUGAAACAUCUUCGAAUUCAAACGUGGCCUGAGGCAGACGGUUUCCACCUUCGACAUCUGUUAACUGGCUUGCCAUUGAAAACUGUAGAGAUUCAAGUAACAGAACAUUUGUUGAAAGAUCAGAUACAAAACGCUUUCACAAAACAGUUGAGGGAAUUGACUAUUUCCGGAAGUGAUCUUGAGGCGAUCUCGUCGGAGGCGUUCUCCACUAUCGAAGGCGGUGAAUUGGUAUUAAGAAUCAGGGACACUCGAGUUCGAAGACUGCAGUCGGACAUAUUUCUCUCUUUGACGAAGAGACUGUCUCAAUUGACUUUGGACUUGAGGAACAAUCAUAUCAACGAGCUCAGUCCUUCGGUUAUUUACGGGAAUCUCUCGUGGGAGAGCGUUGGGACUAACAUGGUUGCUGGAGGUCUGCAAGUAUCAGGAAAUCCUCUCGAGUGCGACUGCGAGAUCGCUUGGCUCAGUUUAUGGUUGCGAAGGUGGCUUCGAGAAUCUCGUCAGAUCCACACCGCUUCUCAGUCAGACGCGCGACAAUUAAGAACGAUUGCUGGAAGAGCUGUUUGUACCGAGACCACACCAUCUUACUCGUCUGAUAAAGUUUUACUAACUCUAGGAACCCCUCAUACUGCCUGCCAAGCCUCUGCUCUUAGCUCUGGCAACUACGAGAGGCUGGCUACCACUUGGCUGGCUAUAGUCGACAUCAUUCUCCUUACGAUAGUCGCGCCUACUGACUCGUUUAUUUUGUACUGAAACGAAGACGUUAGUAUUGUUCUAGCAUUUUUUUUUUUUUUUUCAAGUACCUUUUACCUUUUAUUUGAACAUAUAGAUACUUGAAGUUGGGAAUUGACUUUACUAAUUGAAUUUGGGAAUUCCUUUCGUAGGAUUUAAGAGGUUUUCGAGUGAUUUAAAGCUGUUGCUUUCGACGAUAAACAAAGGAGAACGUUGAAUUUAUAUUUACGAAGGUAUGUAAAUAUGUUACUUGUAAAUCAUUUGACUUGAUUCAAUAGCUGAGAUAAUUACUACUCGGAUAGUAAUAAUAAAGUAUGCGCACAAAUGAUGUUACCUUUACUAGUGGUAAGUUUAAUACUAGCCGUUUGUUUAACGUGUUAUUAUUUACAUUUGGGAAAUAAAGAAUUUUUAUAGCAA